AUGGAAGCGACAGUCCCGGUCGCCGUUUGUGUAAUGCUAAGCACACCAGAGACCACAGGCCUCUCACAGGUGGCGCCGUCUGGUCUCACCAAUCCAGUUGAGACCCUUUUGUAUUCCACGAUACUGUGGAUCCAACCUGUCAAGCAGAUGUGGCAACGAUACAGGAGGGCAAGCCAGAUGCCACAGGGGGCGGGAUGCAAAACAUACUUGAGCUGGAAAAGGUACCCACAUAUCGGGCAGCACACAAUUGAAUGCUGUGCUAUGUUAGUGUAUACUUGGCAUCGGUGGAUAUGGUGCCAUGGUGCCGUGGAUAGUUUGUGCCAUACAUAUUAA